AUGGGGAUGGCUCAAGUGCAGAUGGCUGAAUCAGAAUCCCGAGCCAUGGGCAUUCAACCCGACGGCAGAGAAACGUAUUUGCUAUCCAUCUUCAACACGAAAGUCUGCCGGGACGCCACUUGGCUGUCCUCGCCUUCAGUUUCGGACCACGCUGGCAACCUGGUGUAUGUUCUAGCGACUUGGCACUUCGGGUUCAUGAGGCUGUAUGGUGCGUUGAGAGAGCCCAGCGCUGACAAUAUUGGAAUAAUACAUGGUGCUAUCGCGUGCCUGACUGAUGAAGUGGUGUACAAAGAAGACUUGUUUUCGAGGCUCAAAACUGUGCCGGAGCGAAAAGCAAAGAAAGCAUCGGACAGAAUGAGAGAACGAGAUGCAAAGACUUUCAUCCUCUCGCUCCAUGAUAAUUUCCGACUUUCGGAGUCCUUCGUUGGAUGCAUCGCCCUAUUACCUGUACGACUGACGCGUGGAAUCGUUGGUCCGUGGCUGUUCAACGAGGAAGGCUCCGUCACCGUUCACGAAGUCUCGCGCAUCUUCUCAUGUAGUGCAAUGAACCGGGGGCGGAAGGCGGGGCAGAAAGUGGAAAAGUGGAGCGAGACCGAGGGGGACGCCCCGUACCCCCUUUCGGCGUUGAACCCCGCUAGAUGCAGCUUUACCCCGCGCGUCUGCCACGUCCCACAAGCGCCCCUGGCCUGCCGAAUUAUUGGCUUGGCAACACUUUGGUGGGCUGUCAUUGUCUUUACUCCUUUUCGGAACCAAAAUGCUCUUUGCGCCCCCGGUAAUGGAGACGGGACUUAUGGUGCUUCAAGAGCAUCUCUGCCGGGCGAUGACAGCAGCCAGGGGUCUGCUUUCUUGUCUUCUUUUGGCUUUGCUCGGCCGUCUGCGUCCACCAUCACCACCUGCGUGGCCAUGGUCGUCACUGGAGCCUCCUGUGCGUAUCAGGCAAACAAGAGACUGGCAAACACCCACGGCAUCCCAGCCAUGAUGCUUCCCAAGAAUCCCAACUCAGUGUCCUUCAUGUCGGCAGAGGAUCCGAUGCCGGACUUUAGAGACAACCAACCAUGUUCCUGUUUCACCAACUCCUUUUUCACUUCUCCAGCCUUCGUCUUCCCUGUCAUCAUCGGGCACAGCAAAGCUCAACUUCCGAGCUUGAUACCGCCCGUCGGAUUGCGUGUUGUGCAGGAUGUCUCCUCCCCCCUCCCCGGUCUCCCAACUUGCUCAGAAGGAUUCCUCGCUUCGCCCAAUUCUGCACACACACCACGCACGAUGCAAUGCUGCAUCACGGCACAGCUGAAGCUUCGUGCAGUUUUUGGCUCGCAAUCCACCGCAUCGGGUUGUACUCGCACACAGAGGAAGAAAGGUUUGUGUCACCUUGUAAAGUCCGGUUGUUCCCGACCAUUACCUACUGCCGCACGCCCGGCAGUCUUCGGAUUCGACCUUGAGGCUGAUGCCAAGAAGCUGAGGGGGUUGCGAUGCCACUGA